GUGCAAAAGGGGACGGUCUUGACGAAGGAGGAGUGGACGGACUUGUGGCAGGGCCGUCUCACGAGCUUCUUCAAGCAGGCCGGAGGCAAAGGACGGGGUCGUGCGGCAAACAAAGAAACGGGAGGCACGAAGCAGCCUGAGAGGCUUGCCACCCAGACCUGGUUGAGGGACGUCUCUCACAGUCUCCAGACGAUCGGCUUUAGCUGGUCCUGCUUUGCUCGUCGUUCGGAGACAGCCGCAGCAGGAAGGCCUCUCGUCAUGGUCCUCUGCACGGACCAGGAGGCCACCCAGUUGGCGGCCGUGAGCUACCUGAAGUUUGGCCGUUCGCUCUUCGUCGAACUCGUCAACGACCCGGCCCACAGGUCCCACAACGACGUCCACCUGGCACUCGCAGCGUCAGGUCUCUUGACGUUCGGACUCAUGUCGUUCGGGUUGUACAAUGUUCGGUAUGGCCCAUGGAACAAGGGCACGUGGUUCGGGAAGGUCCAGCAGACGGCGGACGAGAUGGCUCAGUCCAUGAGCCCCUCGGACCCUCUGCUGGUCACCUUCUUCCCGGACAUUCUGGCAGACGAGGGCCGUUCGCAGGAGGAGAACACCGUCGAGAACCGUCGCUUGUUUCUGGAGUCGCUGCCCAACAGGUCGUUCGUUCGAGCCAAAGGAACGAAGGCUUCUCCCUCGCGGUUCAACAGCUUGUCGAUCGCCCAUGCGGAGCUCGACCCGGACUGGUCAGCCUUUUGCCUCGUCCUCGCCGUUCUGUGCAUCAACGAGGGCUGGUGCAAGAAAGCGUCGGACUUGUGGUCGCCCGAAGCCCCCGGUGCUUCGGAGCAAGCCGCCACCAGCAGGGCCGCUGCGAAGUCCGCCGCUCGCAAGGCUUUGGCACAGCAGCGAGGCCGUUCGGUGAACACACUGCACUCGAUGACGACGUUCGCGUGCAAUGCUGACAACAGGUCUCUGGCCAGAACCGUGUUUUUCGUCCUUCAGCCUGAGGCCCUGAGGUGCUCGAAAAUGCUGGAGGAGCUGCGGUCUUCCGAGGCGACCGUCAAGUACUUCAGCGAGUGGGCCCAUUGGGGCUACAUGGACUGUGUGGCCCGUCGCCUCACCAAGCUGACACAGCGACUGCUGCGGUAUCGCUGUGGCAGCCAGCUGCCCUCCACGAACGGGUGGGGUGCGACGGCCGGCCUGCUGCACGAGUCCAUGGGCUGUCGUCAGGCCAGUCUCCGUUUUUUGGAGGAGGUGGACCAGGUCGUUCGGAAAGUGCGGGAGGAGGGCUCUCUGGAGGCAAAGACUUUGCUGGAAGGCCAUCCUGCAACGGCUCCUCUCAUGGGCUUGGUGCUCGAGGAGCUGCGAGCCGGGGCGUUCGUGGAAGUCGAGCCCGGCACCCAGGACUUUCUGCGUCGCCUCUGGUCGGGGCUGCUCAACACGAAGCUCAUCGAGGACGGCAACAAGGUCCAACGUGAGGCCGAGCAACGAAACGGCUCCAACAAGACCUUGGGUCGUGUCGAAGCUUGGCAUGGCCUCUCGCGGGCGAAGCUGCUCAGGUCGUACCAGCGGCCGGAAGUCCAGACCGUCGGCAUGGCGGAGCUUCCAGGGUCGUUCGCAGCAGACGACUGGUUCGUUCGCAAAAAGAGGGUGCGGCACGAGGACAGCCAGUCGUCCACCGGAACGGCCGCUUCGUCCUCGCGGCUCGACAAGGACUGGUCGUUCGUGGAGCGAGGCUGGUGGGCCUCGCUGCUGCCCGAAGGUUUUGGCCUUGCCUUUGAGGGGUGCCCGCCCUGCUACGUUGUUCGCACCUACAAGCGAGCGGCUCUCGUGUGGCCAGCGACGUUGGAGCCACUCGGCGACGGCAGCGAGAGGCUCGUCCUGCAGCCCGACGUGUCGUCGCUCUGUUGGGUGCACACCUUCGACGACAACGUCGUCUCUCUCGGCGAGAACCGGGGCCUCGGCGUGGUCUUUCGAGUUCUGGCCAAACGACCCUUGCUGCAGCACCACGAGCAGUACGGGUUCGCUGGCGUGAGCGAGGCCUCUCUUCGACAGCUGGGGUCGAUCAAAGGCUGGCUUGCCGAGGCCACGGACACCGGCCACGACGAGGACGACCGACUGACGAUCGCUUGCCUCUUGUCGUUGGACCCGACGUUGACCAAGGAGGAGGUCAUGGGUCGCUUGCUCAACCGGAACGAGGCAUCGGCGUGGGGCGAAGGGGCUGCCGUGGACUUGGAAGAGGUCGUGCGAGAUACGAUGCUCGCUGCCGACCAAGACCAGGCCUUGAGGCAGCUCGCGACAAAGAGGGCGACCCAGCAGUCUGCCGUGGACGUUCGCAAGCCCAAAGACAAGGCGGUCGCGAUCGCCAGACACUACGACAACGUGGACGACAACGUCGACCUGGUGUGGGCCGAGAUCUACGAAGGCCUGGAGGUCUCCUCGGAAGCCAGGACGAUCCUGAACAAGCUGGAGGCCUGA